CGGUAACUUUCGGUAACACAACACCAAGAUUUAUUGCUGUAUAGACACUUGAGAUCGAAAUUUAGUUUACGUAACUUCACUACACCAGGAUCCGGAAGUGUUGUUAAACAACCAGCCUUCUGGGUGAUGUGAAAGAUUAGCCAAUCAAAUUGCCUCUUACACGAACUUCGUAUCGGAUUAACUCAGGUAAAUUGUCGAUGUUGAUAAUCGUGCAACAAUGGAACUCUACCAGAAGUAUGACCUCGAAGAAUCACGAGGUCGUGAAAAGGAACAAAAAAAGGAAAGAGAAUGGAUACAAGACAGUGUUAAUUUGAAAUGUACCAAGAAUGUUGAUAAACCUACUAAAAUCUUGAGACGCCCGACAUGUGCGAACUGUGGCCAAACUAGACACACAGACGUCGUCGAUUUUAAAUGUAAUGCUUUUGGUGAAAUUGAAUUUAAGAAGAAUGACCAAAACACGGCUAAGUAUGUUAGAGUUUGUGACACCAGUAACCUGGACCAUUUAUUGUUUAACAUUUGGAAAGUAGACCGACCACAGUUACUGAUAUCUGUAAUAGGUGGAUCAGCAACUCUUCAAAUGGGUGUGGAAGAUAAAAAAUUCUUUUGUGAUAAUUUAAAAAAACUGGUCGAUUUAACAGGUGCCUGGAUAAUGACAAGUGGUACGAAAACGCGGGUUUUAAAAUACGUCGGCGAGGCCUUCAAAGACAGUCAGCAUAAAAAGCAAGUUCCUAUUCUAGGUGUCGUACCGUGGGCUUUACUUGAGAAUCAAGACCAACUUAUUAAUAAGGAAGGUAAUUGGCCAUAUGUCCAGGAAAGUGACGACCAUGUUCUCGAUGAUAAUCAUACAUAUUUCUUCUUGGUGGACGAGGUAUCAUCUGUCAUUAAGGAUGUUAGCAAUACUACCAAUAAGACUCAACAAAAACAGGCUGGAGAAAGCCGCCAGAAUAGCGCAGGGAAGGGAACUAAUCCAGGAACUUCCACACAAGGCACCAUGAAGCACCAUACAGUAACUUCAUUUCGAAAUGAACUCGAGGCCAAAUUAAUUAAUCAUAUAGUGGAGUUUGAUGUUGGCCAUAAACCAGCGGUUAUAUUAGUAAUAGAAGGUCAACUGGAUGAGUUGAAAUCAUUAUAUGAUGCUGUAAAUCAAGACAAUCCAACACCAGUAGUGAUUAUACAGGGAUAUGAUGGAGUUGCAGAUAUUUUAGCCUUUGCAAUUCGAUCUUGUAAAAAUGUCGACACCAUGGAUAGACUUACACAACAAUCAGUAGCUGAACUAGUUGAGGAACAAUAUAACAAGGAAACGUCGUUGGAUAAAACAAAUGAGAAAGAGUCCAAAGUAGCGGAAAAUGACAAGAAGGAGAAGAAGAAGAUGAAAGAAGUUAAAACACCAACGGACAAUAACGCAGAUAUAAAUAAUUUAGUGAAACAAAGAAAGGAGACACUAAAAGAAGGUGUAGGUCGGGAGCGAAAACAAGGGGUACAAUUAGAUACUUACAUGAAUAUUGGUGGCCAACAGACAGCAACACAGGUGGAGGUUGGCAUCAGUCCAGAUAAUCCUGGAAAUAAAACCCCAAAUGGACUCUUUAAAAAUAAAGAAAAGAUUAGCGACAAACAUGUGGAGGGUAAGGAUGAAGACCAAAAUAGGGAAGCGAAAAUCUCAAAAGGGAAACCAAAAAAUAAAGAAAAGAUGAGUGCAAAUGAAAAUGAUGUGGAGGAUAAAGGCGAUGUGGAAGCAAAUCGCAAAGAUGGCGUAAAAGGGAAACCGGAAAUAAGUGGUGAAUCAACAACAGAACCAGAAAACAAAGAUGAACCCAGAGUGGAAGCGGCGGACAACAAUGGCCCAAAGGAGAAAACCAAACGCACGGUAAACCCGAAAGAAAAAGAAAGGGUGAAAUCAGAAAGCAUGACCCUGAUUUUAAAUAUCUUGAAACACAAGGAGAGAAUAGAAGUCUUCGAAUUAAAAAACGAGACGUCCACGCCAUUCGGUCUGGCAGAUGCUGUUUACAAUCGCAUUGCUGAAGGAGACGACGUAGAUGAUGGACCUCUAAGAAAAGCCUUAAUUUGGAAUGAUAUUGAGAAGGUUAAGUCAAUACCUAUCCAGGAUAUCAAUACAAAACGAAGUUUGGUACUUAUGGCCAUGAGACAGGAGAAUGUUGAUUUUGUUAAAUUAUUCAUAGAGAACGGUUUAAAAUUAAAUGGGUUUUUCACUAAAGAAGAUCUGCAAACGUUAUAUGAAGAUAAAUACAACAUACUGGAGCCUUUGAUGGAACAAUCCCUUUUCAACAAACUUAAAAGUCUCGGUUAUAACUUACCGUUAGACUUGGAUGUAAUUCGGAGGAGAGCUACUGGUUGUUACAUGGAUAAUCAUGUUGGCAGGAAAGGCAUGGAAAACUCAGCUGCCAAACAAACAUCAGAUGGUAAUAGGCACGAUAAAAUCUCAUUGGAACAUUUAUUUGUUUGGUGUUUGAUGGUCAAAAAUCAAGAUUUAGCUAAGAUGUUCUGGAAAGAACUCAAAGAACCUGUAGCCGCUGCUUUAUUUGCAAUUGGUUUAUUUGACGCCGUUAUUACUACAAAGAAAUUAAAAAAACCAGAAAAGUUACAGAUUCUUCAGAAUAAUACCGGUGAUUUUGUAAAGUUGGCCAUGGAAAUGAUGAAUAAGUGUUAUACGGAAAAAAAGUGGUUUGAGAUCCUUCUUCAAAAACUUGACAACUGGAAUAACAAAUCCUGUUUAAUAUUGGCCUCAAAUACAAAGAAUAUUGGAUUUAUGUCCCACACAGCUUGCCAGGAAGUGAUGGAUUAUUUGUGGUGGGGACAGUUUGAGUUAUCAAGUGUGCCAUAUGUGGCAUGGUAUUCAACAUUGGGUAUUAAAGAUGUCUUUGCUGAUACAAAGUUGAAAGAAAGUGUGUUGGGGUUUUAUUGUUCCCCUGUAGUUAUCUUUGGAUUACAUGUGGUAUCAUAUUUGAUAUUCCUUGGUCUCUAUAGUUACCUCAUGCUGGUGAAGUUUAACCCCUAUUUUACUAUUGUCGAGGGCGUCGUUUGUUUUUGGGUGUUCACAAUAGCUUGUGAGGAAAUCCGUCAGAUAUAUAAUAGUGACACCGAUACUGUAAGACUGAAGAUCAAGACUUAUUGGAGUGAUUCGUGGAAUAAACUUGAUAUAUUUACCCUUGUUUUAUUCAUAAUUGGAAUAAUACUCCGUAUCAUACCUGAUGCUUAUACCUUUGAGGCUGCUCGGGUGAUUUUGUGUCUGAAUCUCGUCUUCUUCUACUUUCGAAUGUUACACAUAUUUUUUGUAAACAAACAUUUGGGACCUAAAAUACAGAUGAUCAGUAAAAUGGUCAGAAAAGAUCUAAUUCCCUUCAUGGCGAUCAUUUUGGUUUUUAUCUUAGCCUACUCAUUAGCAUCAGAGGCUAUAUUAUAUCCGAACACAGAAUUAUCAUUGAAACUAUUAUACCAUCUACCACGGAAAGCAUACUGGCACGUUUAUGGGGAACUCUUUCUUGAGGAUAUAGAAGGAACAUCAGCAUGUACCAAUGACCCGGCAUUAUAUAAUGACUACAUUACACUGCGAUGUCCAUCAGAAGUAGGAAAAUAUGCAGUACCAAUCCUUUUGGGAAUUUUCAUGCUUGUAAUGGUUAUUCUGCUGUUGAAUCUUCUCAUUGCAAUGUUCAGCCACACCUUCCAACGAAUACAAGAGCAAACGUAUCCUUACUGGUGUUAUCAGCGCUAUCAGUUGAUUCAUGAAUACUACUUCCGGCCAGUCCUGCCUCCACCAUUGAUAUUCCUGGCGCAUGUCGUAAAGUUUUUCCGGCACUGCUUCAAAAACUACAGAGGGUCUGAAAACGUCAUACACCCUGAAUCUACGUUUAGAUUGAACUUUAAUGUGGAGAAGAAAAAGAAAAUAAGUGUCUUCGAAAAAGCCAUGGCCAAGGCAUGUUUGAUGAAACUCCACAAGGACCCUCAGAGUAUGGGCAGAGAUGAUUUUAGAAAGGAUGCAAUGACUAGCACCACGGAUUUUAGUGAUGUUUUGACCAAAUUGAGUGUCAUCCAUGGUUUAGUUGAUAAGAAUGAGGAGAAUGUGUCGGAGAAUGCAGUAUCUACUAUGGAUAAAGCCAGUCCAGGGAAUGCUAUUACCACUAUUAAACUACCAGCAGUGACGCAUGCAACGCUUUUAGAAGAAGGGAAGGCUACCGUAAAGCCGAUAAAAUCCGACCAACAACCACUUAAAUCAGAUGUUUCUACCGUAAGCAGCUUCCGUAAACGAUCUUUACAUGACAAACAUAUCGGAGGGAGACUCGAAUACAGGAAACUUGACAACGUUGAGAAAAAGCUAGAUCAGUUUGAACGACGAAUUGAAAAACAUAUGGAAGACAUGGUGAAAGAAAACCGAGAUCAAAUGGAGAGAAUUAUAGUAAAUUCCAAAGAAAUGGAGAGAAUUAUAGAAAAUUCCAAAGAAAUGGAGAGAAUUAUAGAAAAUUCCAAAGAAAGGGUUUCUAGAGUGUCAAGGCCGAGCGUACUAUCAUCUAAAGUACGAGGAUAUCUAGCAAAUGGGAUAUGCCACUGCCACUGCGCCACGUGUAGAGCUGCAAUGACAUACGCACAAUCAAUUCGUCGUAGAUUUCAACAGUUAAAGUCGUCACAGCCUGACAAGUAGAUUUGAUAGAUCGCAUUAUGUAAUCCCGAUCCAGAAGCGUAUCUGCUACAAUCUGAACACAAGCGCCAUCUACACUAGCCUUAGGUAAAUCUGGAACUGGUUGCUAGUGUUGGUGAUGCAUACUUUAUAACCAGUUUUACUGUUACUAGUAGCUGUUAUAUUUUACUUUAUAAUUAGUAAUUUUUAUGUUUAAGACUCGUGUUUUACUGAUGGUAGCAGCUCUAUAGAGAUUUAUAUUUUACUUUAUAACUAGUAAUUUUUAUGUUCAAGACUCGUGUUUUACUGUUACUAGCAGCUGCUAUUUUUACUUUAUAACCGGUAAUAUGUUUUACUGUUACUAGCAGCUGCUAUUUUUACUUUAUAACCGGUAAUAUGUUUUACUGUUACUAGCAGCUGUUAUUUUUUACUUUAUAACCGAUAAUAUGUUUAAGACUCGUGUUUUACUGAUGGUAGCAGCUAUAUAGAGAUUUAUAUUUUACUUUAUAACUAGUAAUUUUUAUGUUUAAGACUCGUGUUUUACUGUUGAUAGCACAUGUAUUGAGAUUUAUAUUUUUACUUUAUAAAUAGUAAUUUUUAUGUUUAAGACUAGUGUUUUACUGAUGAUAGCAGAUUUAUAUACGUAAAAACUGUCAAAUCGACAUUUCUCCGAUUUAGUUUCUAUUACGAUUGCUAUUCACAAUGAAACUAGUUGGCCGAAAAACAAUUGAAUAGUUUCAUAGUAGGACUCCAAUCUGCAGGUCGCGUCUAUUUCCCUAAAUUCCAAUCUGUGACCGGGAAACGCACUGGUCAGUAAAUAGACAAUUCCAUGUGAUCAUGAGUCUUAUCUAUUUCCCCUAUUCCCUAUAACCAGGGUGUGCUGACAGUUAGAGAGAUGAAGCGCAGACGAGAGACGAGCGGGGGUGAGGAGAGAGAGACGGGGAGACGGGAGGAGUAGAGACCGGCGUAUGCGGCGUAUUGACUCACCCGAGUUCAGCCGCUGCCGUGACAGGAGAACGGAAUGGUUGUCUUAAUGUACCAUGUUAAUCUAAUCGUUUAUAUUCCCGAUGUAGUUUAGUUCCUGUUGUAUUUAUGUAGCUGUUUUAAUAUAACUUUUGUAAAUAAAUCAUAUAUUUACUAA